AUGCAAGCCACUCGAGCAAACAUUAAAGCCGGUCAUGUUAUUAACACCGAAAAUGCACCUCCUCAAAAUUCUGCACUGAGAAUUUAUUCAUUGGAGAAACGUCAUAUCAUCGCAGAUGAAGUAGACAAGAUGUUGAAAAAUGGACAAAUUCGGCCAUCGCAGUCAUCAUGGUCAUCACUAGUGGUACUAGUAAAGAAGAAAGAUGGCACUCUAAAUUCAAUCGUCGAUAAUCAAUACAGAAUCGUGGUGACAAGAAAAGAUGAGUACCCUAUCCCUAAUAUGGAGCACACCAUUAACAGAUUGGGUGGUAAUGCAUGGUAUUCAAAGUUGGAUUUAAAAAGCGGGUAUCACCAAAUCCCUAUUAGGGAACAAGACAAAUUCAAAAAGGCAUUCAAAACUCCGAAGGGUUUAUUUGAAUUCAAUGUGUUACCACAAGGACUAAAAAAUGCCCCACCCACGUUCCAACGUAUUAUGGAUCAAUUGUUGGCUAAUACGAGGUGGGAUUACUGUUUAGUUUAUUUAGAUGACAUUAUCAUCUUCUCCAAGUCCUUCAAGGAACAUCUGAUUCAUUUGGAAGAUGUACUUGCAACACUAACAAAGGCAAAUUUUCAGUUGAAUCCAGCCAAAUGUCAACUAUUCAAACCCGAAAUUGAAUAUUUGGGACACAUUGUUAACGGAUAUGGAAUUAAACCUUCACAAAGAAACAUUGAAGCAUUAGCUGUUCUUCCAGUACCAAUAUCAACUAAACAAGUUCAUUCGUUUAUCUAUGAGAGAAAAAUAUAA